AUGAGCCCUUCCAGCUCUGAAAGGUCCUCGAGCAGCGGUUCAGGCUCAGGCGAUAGGCCAAAGGAAGCACCGCCCAACACGACGAAGGAUGUUGCAGCAAAAGCCGCAGGAGAAGAGGAAUCUGAUUCUGAUGAACAGGAGGCUUCCCGUGAAGAAGCUGAGGAGGAGAAAGAGGAGGAAGAUGAAGAGGAGGAUCCCGAGGAGAAGGAAGGAGCAGAGCAAAGUGAAGAAGGAAAAGCCAAAGAGGUGAAAGAUCCCGAUAGUUCGGACUCGUCGGAGGAAGAGAAGGCAAAGAAGGACCAGAAGGAGGAAGCACGUGUUCGACUUGUGCCGGCGGGCCGCGCCCGCUCGCGAUCAGAGAAGGAGCAAAGCAAGCGCUCCAAGUCAAGGAAGAAGGACCGGUCUGCCAGCAAGCGGAAGAGGCGCACUUCCAGCUCUCCGAGUCGCAGGCGAAAGUCGCCAAAGCGCCCCAGCCGGGCACGUCCGGUGCCGAAGCGAGACCGCUCGCGCUCCAGGUCGGCGAGAAACAAGAAGGACCGCAACAAGCGUUCCAGGUCAAGAAAGAAGGAAAGGUCCUCCAACAGAAGGAAGAGGCAUUCCAGCUCCAAGAGUCACAGGAAGAGGAGCCUCUCGAAGACCAAGGCGACAAACAAGGCUGUCGACGAUGCCCAGGCCAGAGCCAAGCCGGCAGCUGCUCCUGAUCCUCAGAAAGAGAUCACCUCCGCGACCAAGCCAACUGGUCAGACUCCAGCCUUGUCUGCUGCGGAAGAGCUGCGGCAGGCGCUGUUUGGAACGAAGCCGGCGCCGGAAGCCCCAAAGCCUGCGCCUCCGAAAAUCUCCUUCGGCAUACCCAAGAAGCCGCAGGUCAUGGAUUGGAGAAGGCGUUCAGCUCCCGAGACAAAGCCCUUGCAGCAGAACAGCAGCAUGGUGUCUGUUCCAGGCACCGAGUUUGCUUUCCGAGCACAUGCAGGUGAGUUGGCCGCAGCCGUCGCCGCUGCUCAAGCGUUGCACAAUCCUCGCAAUCGGGAGAUAUCGCGCAAGAUCGCCACCCUCCUGGAGCAGUGCCCGCCAAUGACAGACGAAGCUUUGACUGCCUUGCGCGCGUUGCCGUCUGACCAGGUUGUUCAGGUGCUGCAAACCCUGGCAAGCAAGCGUGGCGAGAUCUCCGACGCGUCGGUGUGGGUCAGCCAUGUUGUGAAUCGGCUGGCAGUGGCCGCCUUCAACACAGCGCAGGGAGUGCCCCUGCCAUCCACGAUGGUGACAGAGAUGCUGAACAGGCAUCUGCCGAAGUUGGCAACUGCCGCCAAGUCAUUGUUGUUGCAAAUCCCGGAGGUGGAUGCCAUCAAGAUCAUACAAGACCAUCUGACUUACCGUGGCGAUGCCUCAGACUCCGUCUUCCAGGCGGCAACAACGCAUCUCCAGCAAGGGAUUGCGGCAACUUCGGCCUGCAACACGGUGUACCCAAUGGCCAUGGAUGCUUUUACCAUGAGCAGCAUGGGCUGCGGAAUGAUGCCCAUGGCGAUGCCGGGCUGCUUCGGUGCCAUGAUGCCUGGCCAGAUGUCUCCAAUGGCAGGAUGUGGUAUGAUGGGCUGCACCUGGGGAGGUGCCAUGCCAUGUGCGACAAACGGCACAACUGAAGAAGCUGGUGCAACGGCCCCGGCAGCAACUGCGGCCGCGCCAACAGCAACAGCAGCUAUCGAAGACACGGGCGAUGCCCAAUCGGCCACUGAGGAAGGCACUGCAUUCACGCAGCCGACGGCGAAAGCGGUGGAUGCUGCAUCGGAUGGCGAGGAGACCUUGCCGCAGGAGUUCGUGAGCUCACUAGCGGGAGUAGCACCUUUGAAGCACGAUCAGCCAGGCGAAGGCUGUUAA